AUGAUUCUCGCUGUGAUUUCGGACGCAGAGAAGAGGCAAGAGAAGGAGGAACUUGUAAAACUCUCGUUGAGAAGGCUCAAGGACGUCGCAUAUGAUGUCGACGACGUGAUGGAUGAGUCUCUUAAGAAACCAUACGGCGGCGUCAAAGACUGGGCAACUUCAAGCACAAGAAACAUCAAAGGGGUUAACAAGAAAUUAGAUGAAAUUACCAAAGAUAUGGACAAAUUUCAGUUGAACAUUAGCAGUACUACUGUUGCUUAUGGGGAAAGUAGUGAGCAACGAAGCCGACAAACCACAUCCAUUCGGUGUUUCUCUUAUUGCUCAAUCUUUCCUAAAGAUUGGGAGUUGAGCAAGCUAACUCUUAUUCAAUUGUGGAUGGCCGAAGGAUUUCUGCAGCCUUCUAAUGUGGGAAAUGACUGCUCGUUUGAGGACAUUGGAGACAAAUACUUUGAAAGCUUAAUGUGGAGUUCUUUUUUCGAUGGGGUAAAAACGAAUGAGUUAGGUAACGUUUCGACAUUCAAGAUCCGUGAUCUUGUCCAUGAUCUUGCUGAGGCUGUUGUUGGAGUUCAUGAAUGCUCGAUUGUCAAGGUAACUGAUCAGUUGGAAUUUCAUUUUUGA